AGUAUCUUGGUUUUGGCAUUCAAAUGGAAAGUUAAAGCACAAAGAACAAAAAGAAAAGCUUCUACUACUACUACUACUACAGAUUCUGACUAACAGCUUGCUUUUAUUUAAAAUUACUCCCUUUUGACCCUAAAUUCUAACUCUCCUUAUUUCAAACCUUGUGACCUCCAUUUUUUUAAUCCCUUUUUUCAGAACCCCACAUUGCUUUUGCCAGACACCAUUCUUGGGAAUUUGACUCUUUUUCUCACUUUCUUCACUCCUAUAUAUAUACACAUGCAUUCUCAUUUUGUUGUCAGUGUGCAUUUCUUUUUUCUUUUUUUUUUCUUUUUCACUUUAAGCUUGUGCUAAGCUGCUGCUCUCUUCAAAAGCUUAAGUUUUUGUGAGGUUUUGAUUUAAAGUUUUGAGCUUUAGAUUUCCUUUUGUGUGUUUGUGUGUGUUUCAGAGUGUUUAAAAUAGUUUAAAGUUUUGAACUUUAGAUUCUUGAGCUCCUUUCUUCUUCUUAUGUGACUACAAAAGCUUAGUUUUAGUGAGAUUUUGAUUUAAAGUGUUGAGCUUUAGAUUUCCUUUUUUGUGGAUUUGAGGGUGUUUUUGAGUCUUUAAAUAGUUUAAAGAUUUAAACUUUAGAUUCUUGAUGCUCAUUUCUUCUUCUUAUGUGACUACAAAAGCUAAGUUUUUGUGGGGUUUUGAUUUUGAGGGUGUUUCAGAGUCUAUAAAAUAGUCUAAAGUUUUGAACUUUAGAUUCUUGAUGCUCAUUUCUUCUACUUAUGUGACUACAAGAGCUAAGUUUUUGAGGGGUUGUUGGGGUUUUCAAGAAUCUUUGAAAUGGUUAAAGUUUUGAGCUUUAGGUUCUUGAAAAUGGAGUGGAGGGGGAUUUUGUGUUUGGGUUUCUUGGUUGGUGUGUUUCUGUUGUCAGAAGUGACUGCUGCUGCUGUUCUUGUUGAAAAUGAUAAGCAAGCUUUAUUGGAUUUUGUUAACAAGUUGCCUCAUUUGCACCCUUUAAAUUGGGAUGCAAAUUCUCCAAUUUGCAAGAACUGGACUGGAGUAACAUGUAGUGAAGAUGGUUCUAGAGUAAUAGCACUAAGAUUACCUGGGGUUGGUUUCAAUGGUCCAAUUCCUAAUAAUACUCUUAGCCGUUUAACUGCAUUGCAGAUCUUGAGCCUUAGAUCUAAUGGUAUUAACGGUACUUUUCCUAUGGAUUUUAGUAACCUCAAAAACUUGUCAUAUCUUUAUCUUCAUUAUAAUAGUUUCUCAGGUCCUCUGCCUUUGGAUUUCUCUGUUUGGAAAAAUCUUACUAGUCUCAACUUGUCACACAACAGAUUCAAUGGCACUAUUCCUAGCUCAAUUUCUGGUUUGAGUCAUCUUAGUUCACUGAAUCUUGCUAAUAACUCACUUUCUGGUAAUGUUCCUGAUCUGCAUUUGCCUAACUUGCAGCUACUGAAUUUAUCAUACAAUAAUCUUAUAGGUAAAGUGCCAAAAUCACUUCAAAGAUUUCCAAAGAAUGUGUUCAUUGGUAAUGAUGUGUCUUUACUUGACUAUACUGUUUCAAAUUCUCCUGUUGUUGUUUCACCUCCUGAGCAACCAAUUCCAAAAUCCAAGAAUGAUAGGAAAUUGAGUGAGAGGGCUUUGCUUGGGAUUAUAGUAGCUAGUAGUGUAAUUGGGAUUCUUGGAUUUUGUUUCUUGUUGGUUGUUUGUUGUUUUAGAAGGAAAAAAGAAGAUGGUUUAUUUCCUGGUAAGAUGGAGAAGGGAGAUAUGUCUCCCGAGAAGGCGAUUUCGCGGAGCCAAGAUGCUAAUAAUAGAUUGGUUUUCUUUGAGGGUUGUAACUAUGCAUUUGAUUUAGAAGAUUUGCUUAGAGCUUCUGCUGAAGUAUUGGGGAAAGGUACAUUCGGCAUGGCGUAUAAAGCAAUAUUAGAAGAUGCUACCACUGUGGUUGUGAAGAGGUUGAAGGAUGUAGGUGCGGGGAAGAAGGAGUUUGAGCAACAAAUGGAGGUGGUUGGAAGUAUAAAGCAUGAAAAUGUCGUUGAGCUUCGAGCUUAUUACUAUUCAAAAGAUGAGAAGCUUACUGUCUCUGAUUAUUUCAGUGAGGGUAGUGUUGCUGCAAUGCUCCAUGGUAAACGGGGAGAUAACAGGAUCCCUUUAGAUUGGGAAACUCGACUUAGGAUAGCCAUUGGUGCAGCGAGAGGUAUUGCCAGGAUACAUGCCGAGAAUGGUGGCAAGCUAGUCCACGGAAACGUCAAAUCCUCAAAUAUCUUUCUGAAUUCUAAACAAUAUGGUUGUGUAUCCGAUGUUGGUCUGUCAUCAAUAAUGAGCUCGUUAGCUCAUCCAGUAGCACGUGCUGCUGGUUUUCGCGCCCCAGAAAUAACAGACACCCGAAAAGCCACUCAACCUUCUGAUGUGUACAGCUAUGGCGUGUUGUUAUUGGAACUCCUUACAGGUAAAUCCCCCGUCCAUACAACGAAUGGAGAUGAGAUUAUACAUUUGGUCCGGUGGGUUCAUUCAGUAGUCCGAGAGGAGUGGACUGCUGAAGUAUUCGACUUGGAACUAUUGAGGUACCCAAAUAUAGAGGAAGAAAUGGUGGAAUUGUUACAGAUAGCAAUGUCUUGUGUGGUAAGGAUGGCUGAUCAAAGACCAAAAAUGUCCGAGGUCGUUAAAAUGAUCGAGAACGUUCGACCCACUGGCUUAGACAAUCAUCUUUCAUCUGAAGGCAAAACAGAAAAUUCAACACCAAGAGCAGCCACACCUGUGCCUGAGACACAAUCUGAUACUCAAUGAGCUACUCAAGACCAUUUUCUUUGUAGCCAUUUUUAUUACUGUUUACCAUCUUAAUUCAUGUUUAAAUGCUUACUUCACUCUCUCAGUGAACAAUAUGAAUACUUGUAACCUGAUAUUAGUUCAUGGUUAGAGUGUACCAAAGAUACUAUUUUAAGGUAUUCUUGAAAUUGCACUCUGAUUAUAAAUUCUAAGUUCUCUUUCUCACUCUCAA